UAUAUAUAUAUACUAAAACACUAUUCACAAUGAUACGAUAUAUUUUUUCAACUAAUUGCAUUUAUUUACUAUGAAAAAUAUUAUUACGUCACCAUAAUAGAUUAGAGUACACAUCAUGGUGUGGAAUCAGUAAAAAAUAUAUUAACACUAACCUUAACUUUCUAAUAAUGCAGCCCAGCACACACUAAUGUCCAAACAAAAACAAAAUCUAAUAAUUUCAAUCACUCUACCAAUGAUAAAGCACAUCAUAACACAAAUUAAGAAAAAAGAAACAAUAAAUAUAAAUAAAUAAAUCAGUGAGUAAUAAAUAAAUACAGUCAUCCACAACAAAACAAAAGCAAUAAAAAUAAAUUAAUAAAACAGUCUGGUGGGCCGGGCCCACAUUCUUCCAUGUCGGGUCUUUUAAGUACCCCUCUCUCUCUCUCUCUCCAUUCCUCUGCCACAGAAACUAAAUAUUCCUCUUCCUCUCUAAUACUUCCUUCCUCAUCCUCGUUCCAUCAAUUCUCUCCCUCUCUCUCAGGCCACCAAACCAACCAUGGAGGAAACUAACCCACCACCAUCAUCAACACCGUUGAUCCCCAAAAAACUAAGCAACGCUGUUCGUCUGAUCAUGUUCAUGAUCCAAAAGGGUGUGUCGAUCAAGCGAAAGCGUCUGAUGAUCUUGAUCCCCGAUCUCGGCCACGUCAUGAUGGAACGCGGGAAGGUCCUCGGAAAGUCGUUCAACGACCUCAUGAUUCGCCACAACACCGCCCUCGGCUGUAGCUCUCACGAUGUUCGAAUGUCGUUCGUGUCGCCGAGGGAGUACGAGUUCAGCUGCAGCAGCACCCCACCGCAUCGCAUCUACUCCGCUGCCCGCGUCGCCAGAAAUAAUAAGCGCAAAAACGGAGGAGGUCGUUACCGUUAUGUUAAUGACAGUAACUAUAAUAAUAUUGGUACUAAUAAUAAUAAUAAUAAACACGUUGACGUCGGUUACUACAAGCAGUACUACGGAAGUGGAAAUACUAAACAAGACGACGUCGUUUCCGUUGUCAGCUCCGUUAAGUCGUCGCUGAGAGGAGGAGCCGGUGGUAGUACCAAUGGGGGUGACGACGAUGAGUUCCCCGUCGACAAGGCAGCGGAAGAGUUUAUUGAGAGGUUUUACAGAGAGUUAUUGUUGCAGAAGUUAAAUCUGGCGCGUGAGACCACGGCGACGGUUCGAUUUGGCUGACGAGCCUCUAGCCGUGGCUCGUGCGUGCGUGCGUGCGUGCGCGCGCGUUUGUGUUUGCUGUAAUUGAAAUCGAACAACCUAUCAAAUUCAAACGAACGCUCUGCUUUUGUUAAUGUACAUUAGUAAGAAAAAUUAACCGAUAGUUAAUCAAGCUUUUUAACCGUUAUAAACUUUAUAAUUUCUCUUUUUUUCGUUUUU